GCAGGGCGUAGCCAGACACGCAGUACCCUCUGAAAGUUAGCGUCUCAGGUCUCGGCAGGACGUUGCGGCACCGAAAUCAGUUGACUGUUGAGUGCGAUAGGAGCACCACCACGAGCAACCCGAUCCCUUCUGCGUUGCAAGCCUGUUUCCUCUGAGCAGCGUUUUCGAGAGUACAUGUUUCUGCCUACCUCACCGCCGAGCAACGGGAGCUGUCACAGUGAAUGGAAACAGAAACACUUGUCCCUCAAGGGCCUAAGAUUGGCAGUCGUAUGAUCCCUCCCAGCCUUGGUGGGUCCUGUUUUGAUGCUCUGUUGCGAAAAGAUCUAGUGCGUUGGGUCAGUGAAGCCAAGUUCAUGAAACACUUUUCUAUUGCUGCUGAGUUCUUGUGGGCAGAUAAAGAUGUCGCAUCACAUGAGUUGUGGUCCGACGCUUCGCUUUUUCUGAUACAUGUAUUUGACGUCUGAUCUUUUCCCGAAUGAAAAAGGGGUUGCUUCAAGUGCAUGUCUGCUGUCGGAAGCACACCGGCCCGGUUUGGAUCGCAUGAUGCUACAGAGUGUCUCCCGGAAAAAUCGUCUCAGCGACCAUGGGCGAUUCCACUGAUCGGUAUGCCAGGGCGUACCGUUACGCGUUUCCACUGCCUUUCAAGGCUAUGGACGAAAAAACAAACGCCUCGCUUAGUCUUGUAAAGUACUGCAGAUUAUCAACCGGCCUUGAGAGUGAGGGUGAUACGACGAUAGAAUGUUACGCCACCAAAUCAAGCUUCGCCGCGCUGGGACUGGAGGGCGGAUCUUGGGGGUGGAUAUCGAAGGCUUCCAUGCAUGGAGAUUGGCCGACAGCUUCAGAGAAAGGAAGGUGCCACAUUGUGAAGCUGGUGGCCGAGCAAGGGGUGGACAGUUUACCUGAUAAAGGGUGUAGUGGAUCAGCAGCUCAGCCGCCCUCCGAAAGCAGUUCGACUCUUUUUGCACGGUCAGGAAGACAGAAAGGGAAGAGCGAGGAACCGCGUGUUUUUCUUUCUGCGUCGCUCAUGCAUUUCCUUCAAUUGACUUCGGGAAAAAGUUUCGUGUCCAUUCGGCCAUUCGUGCCAAGACCGGGAGGUACGGAAUAUUCUGAAAAACAGUGCUACCGAACCAUGGAUAUGGGCCUGCCUUGUGAAACAGGCAUGCCGGGACAGAUUUGCCUGGCAGAUAAUAUGGAGGAGAUUUGUUAGUUUCAUUCUUUGUUCCAUUCUGGAAUGUAGCCGUCUCUAGCCUUCGUGGCAAAACGUGGUGUGUCAAUCUGCAGGCUACACGUGGCGUUACAUGGAUGUCUCCAGUGAGAACGCCCGCUGUUAAAUCUGGAAAACUUAUCUUUUCUGAUCUGCACGUUUCGUAUUGGUGUGCGUGAUCUUCUGUUGUAGCCCGUCAAGCAUACGGAGACGUUC